AUGAUGGCCGCCCAAGAGCAACCGCCGGUAAAACGGCGACGGUCAAGGUCGAGUAGCGUACAGCGGAUGUUAGAUUUAGAGAAAAAGAUCCGGGUGGAGAGGUUAAAAGCUGCACCUCGAGAUCGCAAACCUGCUCCUGGCUUGCUCACGGAUUCUCCCAGCCGGACCAACAGGCAAAGCACCUCCUUAAACUCUACUCCGCAGCACUCAUCGGUAAACCUUCCAACCCAAACUUGGGCCAGUAACAGCAGAAUCACAAUUGAAGACCCUGGAACGGUACGAGCUGGUAGCCAAUCCGACCUGUUUCAAAAUGGAUCCUACUCUGCUAGGGCUCGAGAAUCCUUAGGUACUGCCGCAGCGACCCGGAUGGGCAUGACUCUCGCCAACGCCGCGCAGAGCAGUGAGGUCGAUGUCGACGUUGCCUCCCCCAGCACCCAAUCACCACGCGAGAAGCGGAAACAGGAUAAAAAGGCGAAGCGUGCUGCCAAGACCCCAAGGCUGCAGAAACCGCCACCAUCUGCAUCGAGGACACCUCAGCUUUUCGCUCGCCAUUCAGUCCCUGUCCCAUCGACUGCACCUGGAUAUGACGUUCAGAGCCACCAACGUUCCAACUCGUACGGAGAUCCAAGCAGCAUUAUCGACUCUGGAACGAGGCAGUCACGUCGCCGGUCCGACUCUAUGAACUCGAUCACGUCGGUCUCUUCCAUCGCAUCCAAAAUCAAGGCGUCUUUCGAACUGCCUCGAGGCCGGAGCACUACCCCGCGUGGUGAGCGGUCGUCAAGCUUCAUGGGGGGGAUUAAGCUACAGAAGGAGCGGGAGGCUGAAGCUGAGUGGGCGAAUCGUCAGGUGGGUCCUGGCGGAGAAUCUUACAAUAUCCCUGCACGCUACAUGUAUAGACAACCCGGAGGUUCCAGCGUGGGGCGAUCUCACUCGCGCUCAUCAACCUGCAGUGCAGCGUCGAUCUCAAGCAUGGCUCCCCACAUCAUCGCAAAUCCUCAGGCUCUCACAUUUCCCCCGCAGCACCGACACCGCGGCCCGCCCACCGCUCUCAGAAAACCAGCACCUAUCUCUCGAUCCCGGUCGUCAUCCCGGUCGCCCAUCGUCCGUCCAGAAGUCAGUACGGAUGCGGAUUUACAACCACCCGCAAGCAGAGAGGGCCUUGGAGAUCCUUACAGCUCGCAGAAUGGCUCUCGUGCCGCACUCGACAGCUUGCCUUCCGCUUCCCGACCAUGGACUGGCGAAGGGCCCAAUCGGAGUAGGCCACAAACAAGCGAGAGUCUCGGGAACCAAGGUCUCAGCGAUGUAGCCGCUCUUAGCGCCGUACUUAACAGUGUUGAUCUUAGUGACAGUGGACCUCGUCGGAAUGAAGGCGCGCCAGUGCCAUCAGAGAAGGACGUGGUUCUUCCUAGUCCUAAACGGUUGAAGAACCCUAUGUUGGAGGGUAAUAAAGAAACGCGCCCCAUUAAGCCGGAGAAGCAGAAUCCGUCUUCAUCCUCUGCUCCCGCUCAUCCAGCUACCGCCACAGACCCAGAACGGCCCCAACACAGGCGCCGGGGGAGUUCCUUCCUCGGCAUGAAGCGCACGAACCUGUUGUCACCAAUGAAGCCUCGAAAUCAACGAACGGAACAACCCGAACCCGCGCCUCCUGAGCCGAAUCAAGAUGCGAAACCUCACCAAGCAGAGCGACCACGGAGAGCAAGCGCCAUCCGGCAAUUCAGGGAUGCAGCCAAAGCUGCUUUCCACAUCAGGUCGCCCUCCGCAGUACGAGGAAGGAGGAAUAGCUUAGUCUCCGGUCAAGUGUCGCCUGCUGGCACGGCUAUUGGAAGCGGACGGACAAGCCCGUUCCCCGACAUUGCGGCUAUCACGACGCCACCAGCGAUUCCAACGCCCGAGGCAACAGACACUGCAGCACCGUGGUCACGCAAAGAAACUGUUCCAGAGAUUAGGGAUACUGCGGAGACUAGGGGUCGUCCGCCACUCACACACCAGAACAACGCGGUGCGUCCCUCGGAUCACUCAUCCAUCUCUUCCUAUGACACGGCACACUCUCAAUAUCUCUCUACGGUAACUCCAGACACCUCACGCCCCCAGUCCGAAAGGGGCCUUGUGAGUACUGCCGAUGCUGAUGACGGCCAAAAGGUUCUCCCCGACGAUGACGACGACGGCAAAUCAGGUUUGCCAUCCGGUACACGGCCGACGCUAGGAGGCGUUAGAAACGUAUCUACACCGCCGCCGGGUCCAAAGAACGCGCGGCGGGCCUUUCGAAUGAGCGGUGGUACCGAGACACUUGUAGCUCCAGUUACGAGCCAGCCGAAGACGGAACCAAAUACGUGGCCCCUGAAGGUGGAAAUUGAUGCCGAAUGGGUCCACGUCACGGCGCCCUUCAAAAUGAAGAGCGGCCGACAGCUUCUCGACGUCUCUUUGAUCCCACCACCCCUUGUUCUGCACAACCAAACGGGUUCCAUCGACAGCAACAUCUCCAACCCCGACACGCUCACCAGAGGCAGCGGGGCAUCAUCUCCGCAAAUUAGGCCUAAUCGGCGCGAUAAGGUGUACAACGAUGACGGAGUGUCUCUGAACACGGACUCGAAGACUAGCGUUGUCUCGCGCGAAACCAAGACACCUCCAUUAGCGUCCUAUCUCGACCAUGUGAGGAGGGUUGGCGGCUCGGCGACCCCAAAGGGUAGCCCUCGUCCUAGCGGGGCUUCGCCCUUGUCAAAUCCGCCUCGAGGACGGACCCUCGUCUCUGAGGCGCAUGUUGGGGAGACCCUGUCCAAGGUACUAGUGCAGUGCUGCAGCUGCCGGUAUUUCCACGACAUGCCGACUCGAGUGUACGAGCGAAUGAAACUCCACGGCGACACCAGAAGCAGCACGCCGACCAUACCCGCCUAUACGCUCAAAGCGCCCGAAAAGCGAGGGUCCGCCGCGGUGAGGUGUCCCUGGUGUAGACAUGAGAUGGGCAUCAAGUGCUGCUCGGGGUUCUUAACAUCCGUCCAUCUCAAGGAAAAGCUGCAUUAG